AUGGAUGGGGUCUAUGAGACUAGGAUGGCUGGUGAAACAAUUGAGCUAAUUGUUAUUGAUAUAGUUUUGCGCCGCCCACUACCAAAGGCAAAGAAGCCUGCGCUUAGGCGUGCAGAAGCAAGGGAGAAGUUGAAUGAAGUCACCGAGGUUGUCAGUCUUGCUGGAUCCUCAUCAUCGCAACAUCGUGAUGGCGCGGACGACGACAAUGAGGGAGCUCUCGGGGUAGUAGAGACACGUUCGGUGCUCGAACGAGAAUGCGCGAUAUGUCUCUCAACCCUCCAUGCCCCCGCCCCUCCCGAGCCCGCCAAACUCUCCCCAGAAACACCCAUAACCGACGCCGCGGCCCUACCCGCCUCGCUCCCCCAAUCCACAGACCCCUCAACCUCACCCUCAUCCUCCGAUGCCGCCGACCAAACACCCACCACCACCCCCGACUCCGAGACCAUCCUCAAGCUCCUCGUCUGCGGCCACGAAUUCCACGCCGACUGCCUCGUCUCCUGGUUCGUCCUCCGCAAGACCAGCUGUCCGAUCUGCCGCUCCAUGUACAUGAGCAAAGAAGCGCUCGAUCAGCACGACGAGGAAGAGAGGAUAGCGCUAGGCGGCGAUGCGACGCCUGCGGCGUUGGAAGCGGGGACUGCGAAUCAGACACCGGCACCGCUGCCUAUGAGUAAUUGGCAGUACUUCUUGCAUGGGAGUGGGAUCAGGAGACAGCAGGCUGUUGAGGCGAGGACGAAUGCUCAGGCUCAAGCGCAGGCUCAACCUGCAGUGGAGUUGCAGGAUCGUACGCCUCAGACGGGGGAGCAGAGUGAGGAUGCGAAUGAUGCUGCGGCUGCGGCUGCGGGUCCGGCGGAUACGGCCGUGCAGCAGUCAGAUCAGCCGUCUAGGUCAAGGUGGCAGAGACUUUUGAGGCGGUAA